AUGGCAACGGCAGAAUUACUUCUGGCUAUCAAGGCGGGAAAUGGCUACAAGGGUUUCUCCGAGGAAUUCUACGACUCGCUGGUGCUUGGUGAGACCUAUGCCCAGCUCAAAAAGUAUGAAAGUGUCAAGUUUGAUCCAAUGGUGCAUUUGAAGUUUUAUUCAGAAGACCCCAUUCACAAGUUUAAUUUCAACAAUACCAGAAGAUUGACGAUGGAAGAGUUGGGUCUUACUAGCAAAAAGCAAAUCUCACAUAUUGGGGUUCUGGACCCGUUUCCUUUGUUCACUACGGAAGCUAUCGAAAUCAUGAAACAGGAAUUAUUGCAAAAAGACUUGUUUUUAAAAUAUGCCCGUUUGUCCUACAAUUCCACUUCGGGCACAGACUGUGUUGUUCGAGGCUACGCAGUCGACAAUGGAAUCGUUAACACACCAUUUAUCCAUGCGGCAUGGACUCAUCCCAAGACCAUGGAAUUGGUUUCUCUCAUGGCGGGAGUGGAAUUGGAAAUUGUUUUCGACUACGAAAUUGCCCAUACCAACAUUGCCAUGACAGAUGAAGAAACAGCUCUGAAGGAAAAGGAGUCUGCGCUUGCCAGAAGUGUUCCUCAAGACGUUGAAAAUAUUCCUGCUGUUGUUGGAUGGCAUCGUGAUAGCUACCCAUUUGUAUGUGUGUUGAUGAUGAGCGAUACCACCAAUAUGGUUGGUGGAGAAACUGCCUUGAGAAUGGGUGAUGUUACAGGCAACAAAUUUGCCGUGGUUCCUUCUCCACAGUCAGGACAUGCUUGUGUGUUGCAAGGUGGACUCAUUGAACAUAUUGCUCAAAAGCCUGCUGGAAUGACUGAGAGAAUUACCAUGGUUACUUCUUACCGUCCCAAAGAUCCUCUCAAGUACGACAGUUCUAACCUUAAAACUGUGAGACCAGAGAUCAAUUUUGGGUCGAUAUACAACACAUUUUACCCUCAAUGGGUAAAGUACCGGUGCCAAGUUGCAAUCAAAAGACUCGAAAAUGUCGUGGAAAAUAUGACUGAUGAAGCCGGUAACUUUGAUAAGGAUUCUGUUACCGAUUUGUUGUCUAACGUUGAAGAAUAUGUCAAAGACUCUUACGAGGAAAUGAAAGUGAGCCCUCUGGAAUGGGAAAAGCUUCGCAAAAAGGUUGGUAUGUGA